AUGAAGAUCUUUCCAGUUCUGGCAGUGGUCGUGCUGUGCCUCGCGGCAGCACAGGCUGGCACGAGUCGUCCGCAUCUGGUGCGCCUUCAUCAGGUGACACGCUCCGAGUACAACGAGCUCCUCCGCCUCACCCAGGGCAAGGAGAUGGUCUCCGAGGCCCGGCUGCUCAGCAGCUCGAUUGCUGGCAUCAAGGGUCUGGCUGCUGGCGUCAAGGGCGGCUUUGCCGUUGGCAAUUUCAUUCCAGCGCUCUUCAGCUCCGGCCCCAAGGAGGUGAUCACCAAGAAGGGCCAACCUCUGUGCGUGAUCUCCACCAAAAACCCAGACGACGACGAGGAGGAAAACAGUCGAUCGAUCAGCGUGGCGUACGAGCCGAACACUGAUUCUGGCUCCUCCUCAGGCGGCUCCAGCGGAGGUGGACACGGUGGCGGUCACGGAGGUGGUCAUGGCGGUGGUCACGGAGGUGGACACGGAGGUGGCAGUGAUAGUGACAAUGACGACGAUGAUGCAGAUACACCCACUGUCAAUUGCAUACUGAUAGUCAAUGGCACCGACACCACCAAGCCAGGCCACGGAGGUUCUGGAAAGCCACACGGACACUCUCCGCCGCCGUACCAUGGAGGAUACCCCCCGUAUUAUCCACCACCCUAUGGAUACCCCUAUCCUGGCUACUAUCCCCCUUACCCCUACCCUCCACCACCACCACCACCACCGCCAAAACAUCACCAUCGUUCGUUCGAUCGAUCGGUUGAAGCCCCCGAGGAUGUCAGUCGCGUGAUCGAUGCCUACAACGGCUACUACUAUCAGCCGAGGCAGUUCACGCCCAGGUAUCACAAGCGGUCUCGUGCCAGCCAGGAGAUCUUCCCUGCAUACCAGCCGGCCAGCUACCCGCAGCAGGAGUACGCCUCCAACUACCCAAAGGUUGUGCGUAACCACGGCCUGACCCACCCGGCUCCCGUUUACGUGCGGACGCCACAAUUUGACCAGGAUCGAUAUAAUUAG